GACCUCGUUAUGCUAUACAAAUAGGUGAAAAAAUGAUAGAUUAUAAUGAAGAGUUCCGUCUUUUUCUAUCAACAAGGAACCCGAAUCCCUUCAUUCCACCUGAUGCUUCUUCUAUUGUUACAGAAGUAAACUUUACCACAACAGGAAGUGGCUUAAGAGGGCAGGUUUUGGCUUUAACAAUUCAGCAUGAAAAGCCUGAUUUGGAAGAGCAGAAGACAAAACUGUUACAACAGGAAGAAGAUAAGAAGAUACAGUUAGCUAAGCUUGAGGAAUCUCUUUUGGAGACACUUGCAACAUCACAAGGCAAUAUACUAGAAAAUAAGGAUCUAAUUGAAUCUUUGAAUCAGACUAAAGCAAGUAGUACACUCAUCCAAGAAUCACUUGCUGAAUCUCACAGACUUCAGAGUUUCCUUGAUAAGGAGAGGGACGCCUAUCUCCCUUUAGCUGAGAGUGCUAGCAAGAUGUACUUUAUUAUAUCUGACUUGUCCAAAAUUAACAAUAUGUACCGUUUUAGUUUGGCGGCUUUCCUGCGGCUUUUCCAAAGGGCUCUGCAAAGUGAGCAGGAUUCAAGUAAUACUGAGGAAAGAAUCAAGUUGCUUAUUGGCUCAUUGAAACAUACAGUGUACGAAUAUGUUUGCCGUUGUUUGUUUAAGGCUGAUCAGCUAAUGUUUGCUCUACAUUUUGUACGAGGAAUGCACCCUGAACUUUUUCAAGAAAAUGAAUGGGAAACGUUUACAGGUGUGAUCAUUGGAGAUACCAUAAGAAAAUCAGAUUCACAGAGGGGUGUUCGUGACCAGAUUCCCCCUUGGAUAGAACAGGACCGAGCCUGGGCUGUAGCAUCUUUGAAGCUUUCUCUCCCAGGUCUCUAUCAGACACUUAGCUUUGAAGAUGAAGGUCUGUGGCACACUUUUUCUCAGAGCUCUGUAUGUGAACAAGACUUUCCAUCUAUUAUUGCAAAAAGAAUUUCCUUAUUUCAGCAGGUACUUGUGAUCCAGGCUGUCCGACCAGACAGGCUACAAAGUGCCAUGGCUCUUUUUGCAUGUAAAACCCUGGGACUAAAAGAAUUAUCUCCAUUGCCUCUGAAUUUGAAACGUCUGUAUAAAGAGACUCUGGAAAUUGAGCCCAUCUUGAUAAUUAUUUCUCCCGGUGCUGAUCCUUCUCAAGAGCUGCAAGAACUUGCCAGUGUUGAAGGAAAUGCUGACUGCUACCAUCAGAUUGCAAUGGGCCAAGGCCAAGCUGACCUGGCUAUUCAAACUUUAAAAGAAUGUGCACGCAAUGGAGAAUGGCUGUGUUUAAAGAACCUGCAUCUUGUUACAUCUUGGCUUCCUGUAUUGGAAAAGGAGCUGAAUACAUUACAGCCUCAACCAAACUUUCGCCUUUGGCUUACUACUGAAGUUCAUCCAAAAUUUACUCCAAUUUUGCUUCAAUCAAGUCUGAAAAUAACUUAUGAAGCACCUCCAGGCCUCAAAAAGAAUCUUUUGCGAACCUAUGAAUCUUGGACACCAGAGCAAAUUAAUAAAAAGGGAAAUUUGUCACGGGCACAUUCCCUCUUUUGUUUAGCAUGGUUUCAUGCUGUAUGCCAAGAAAGAAGAAAUUAUAUUCCGCAGGGUUGGACCAAGUUUUAUGAGUUUUCUUUAUCUGAUCUCCGUGCUGGUUUUGACAUUAUUGAUAGACUCUUUGAAGGUUCCAAAGAUUUUCAGUGGGAAUUUGUCAGUGGCUUGUUUGAAAAUGCUAUUUAUGGAGGUCGUGUAGAUAAUUACUUCGAUAUGAGGGUUCUUCGGUCCUACUUGGAGCAGCUUUUUAAUUCACAAGUCAUUGGCAGUUUAAAUGCUAGAGGCAAGAAGAUGACGAGUUUCCCAUAUUCGAUUUCUUUACCUCAUUCCUGCAGUAUUUUGGAUUAUCGUAAUAUUAUUGAAAGCCUUCCAGAAGAUGAUAAACCUGACUUUUUUGGCCUGCCUGCUAAUAUUGCUCGUUCAUCACAACGUAUGAUCAGUUCCCAG